UAUCGGCAUGUAGACGAGAUUCUGUUAGUAAAGUGAAACCGUGAAUAUCGAUGUAAAAUGGUGUCAAUUGAAACAAUUCGUGAACAGUUUGAUGAACUGGGUAUAGAACCAUCGGAUGAAGUUAUAAAUAAAUGUAUUGAAAUAUGUAACAACAACGAUAUUACCGAUCCGAUCGAGUUUGUAGAACAAUGGAUGGCGUACAGCGUGUCGAAAUUAAGUGGUGCCGAACCAACGGUUGCCUAUCUGAGCGAAAUGGAAGCCCGCGAGUACACAAGCAAGCUGCGAAAGGCAACGAAGUUAUCAACCGCCGGGAACGUUGGCGCAUCUCCGCGAAUGGACACCAAAGUGUCUAAGAUAACGACUUACCGCAACGUUGAUUCUGCUGAACAAGAUGUGCUAGAAAUGUAUGGCUGCAUUACACCAAAGACUAAAAAAUCAACGUCACGCUUGCAGCAACAUAAUGUGAACACGCCGGACGGUGUUAGAGGCGGUGGAAGUCCUUUCACAACCGUCACAUAUUCUCCAAUAUCUGCUUCGUCCAAGAAAAACGAUCCAAAUGCACCAAGCAAAGCUGGACAGGUCGUGUACACUUACGGCAGUGCAAAGUUGCUGAAACAAUUCCACUGGCUACCAGCAGUAGCAACGACCGACGAAGGCAACGAUUCCACCUCGACUGCCGAUCAAGAUGAUGUAUCGCUGGGCGAUCAAAAAAAGCGUAAUGUCGCCGGCGGUGGUAGCCGUGGGAAAGGUAUAAGCUUCGCAAUGAAUGCGUCGAAGUUUGCUAACGAAGGCUGCAAAUACAUGUUUGACACGAGUUACGAUCGUGUGAUGAUCCUCGGCGAUCGCAUCUACGAGUGUGGCAAUGCCAUCUGUAAACGGUUGACGGUAGAAACAAGAAGGCAAUCAAAGAAGCAACAACAGGAACAGAUCGAGGCCACCGACAAUCAGACCGAUUCCACAUCUUUGGAAGCGUCUAAUAUUGUGAAACAGGAACCCAUGGAGGACGAUGAAGCAGGAAAUGGGAUGGAAGAGGAGAAAUUCUGCAACUGGUUCGAUGGGGUUAAGGUACACCAUGUGGACUAUCCUAGUUCGGAACCCAUCCGUGUGCUGGGAAGAAUCGUUGCCGAAUCGUCCCUUAGUACCAACAUCGCCACCGGGGUGAGUGGCCGGAAUCAGGCCAGCAAGCUAGCAAUCGUAGAUUUCGAUGAGCAUACGCUGCGGUACACCAGACUCGAUUUGAGUAAGGUGCAGGUCCCUUUGUGGUGGUCACUCUUUCCCGGACAAACCGUGCUGCUAGAGGGCAUUAAUCCGCGUGGAUUAAUGUUUUCCGUUAGCCAAAUACAUUGUGAGCGAACGUUGAUGCUUCCACGCACACCAACAAGCCUUGACAAAACACUAACAAUGGUGAUUGCGAGCGGUCCGUUUACGGAUAGAGACGAUUUGCUGUACGAAAAGCUCUCCAACCUGUUGGUCUACUGCUGUAACAAUCCGCCAGAUGUGCUGAUCCUUACCGGACCUUUUGCCGAUGCCAACUGCAAGCUGUACGCGGAAGUUGCCGAAACGUUCGACGAAUAUUUCGAGAAAAUCAUCGGCACGAUCAUGAACACGAUCGGUGGACAGACGGAGGUGUUUGUGGUCGCCAAUCAUGACGAUUUGGUGAGCUCCUUUGUGUAUCCCACCCCACCGUACAAGGUGGCAAGCUUCUACAAGAAUUUACACUUCCUGCCCGAUCCGUGCCUGUUCAGUAUCGAGGGUUUGGAAAUUGGAGUUACAACGGUGGACGUAAUUAAGCAGCUGAUCGAAAGUGAAUGCACGGCUGCGCAUGUAACGAUGGGUUCGGCUGCACCUAUGGGAGGCGAUAAAAUCAAGCGGGCGUACAGUCAUCUUUUCAAUCAGGCAUCGUUCUACCCGUUGAAUCCACCCCCGGAGGAUGUGCCGUUGGAUGUGGAUAUGCUGAAUGAGUUUGGCCGGUUAACCCGGGUACCAAAUGUAAUGAUUUGCCCAAGCGCCCUUAACCGAUACGUGCGAGAAAUUAAUGGUUGUGUUUGCAUAAAUCCCGGCUUCGUCGAUGGCGGUCUCUCUGCAGAUGGGUCGUACGCAAGAUUGGUCCUGCAACCGCCAGAGAUCGACAAUUCAACCGCUAUACAGCAGAAAGAUAAUCCAGCCCCGGGAACUUAUAUUGCUUGUCAAAUAGUGAAAACUUGAUAUGCCACGGAUGAUUAAUAAAAAGCGGCUGCAAACCAUUCCCGCGCGGUACAAUUACAACAGGAGUCUUCCCA